AUGGGCCAUUUCGACGCAAAACACGAAUUGCACAAACCUUGGAUUGAAACGCCUUUAAUCGAGUCGACAACUCUUUCAAAGGCGGCCGGAUGUCGCAUUUUCCUCAAAAUUGAGUCCCUUCAACCGUCCGGCUCGUUCAAAUCACGGGGCAUUGGAAACUUGGUCCUCACAUCUCUUGCUGAUCCAUUGAACCAUGGAAAAGCCCUGCAUUUCUUCAGCUCCUCAGCAGGUAAUGCAGGACUCGCAGCAGUCGUCGCCGCUCGGGAUCUUGGCUGUGCCUGUACCGUUGUUGUCCCCCUCAGCGCAAGUCCCAUGAUGAUUAAAAAAAUACGGGCUGAAGGGGCUUCGGAUGUCAUUCGACAUGGCGCUAGUUGGUUCGAAGCUGACGCCUACCUGCGGGAAACCUUCAUCGAAAAUGAAGACAGCAAGUCGGAUGCUUUGACCAGAAAUGUUUAUAUUCCACCAUUCAAUCACCCUGACAUCUGGCAAGGUGCAGGGACCAUGGUUGAUGAAAUGGUAAAGCAGUUACCUUCGAGACACUGCAGCAAACCCGAUACCGCUUAUUCGUUCCCGGCAGAUGCGAUUGUCUGCAGUGUUGGUGGCGGUGGUCUUCUGAACGGAAUUAUCAAUGGCCUUGGGAGGCAUUUACCAGCCUAUCAACCAUCGAAAGCGGUACGAGUUAUUGCAGUUGAAACAGCUGGGGCAGAUGCGCUGGCGCAUUCGCUGCGCCAGGGUUCGUUGUACACACUACCUGCGAUAACCUCGCAGGCAAUCACCCUAGGAGCACUUUACGUUGAAGAACGCACAGUCGCCUCCCCCGGUGUUGAGGUUAUCAGUGUGGUGGGUACCGACGCUGAUGCUGCAAAGGGGGUUGUGCGUUUGUGUGAUGAACUGCGGUUGGAGGUCGAGCUGGCUUGCGGAAUCAGUGUUCAAGUUGGGCUAGAUAGGCUCAAGGAGGUCAUGCCAGACCUAAUGCCGGAUAGUCGAGUUGUGAUUGUUGUUUGCGGAGGAAGUGCUAUUACGCCUGAAAUGAUCACGGAUUAUCGCCAGAAGCUUGCAAAUGGGUGGCGAUGA